AUGAGACCCUGUGUGCUGAUCAAGGUGUGCCCAAGGCCUGGGACAGCGCGGGGCAAAGAAGAGGUGCGGGGUCGGCGCAGCGGAACGGAGGCACGAGUGGCAGAGCCUGCUGCACCGGUCACCACGCUUUACUCACUUCUGCGUUCUGGCUUGUUCAGUGGGCCCCCAGGAAGCUGGGUGCGGAGGCCGGGGGGAGGCCGCAGGGACCGGCGAGGGGGUCAGAGCAGUCUGAGGCCAGAGCGGUGGCCGGCCGGGGCCGGCGCCCGGUCAGGGUUUGCGAGAAGAGGGGACACCGGACCCAGCGGGGACAGCGCAGGGCGUAAAGCUCCAAGAGGCCCCGAGGACCCCGCCGCGCGGCACAGCCCUCGCCCCGGCAAGCCCCGCCCCAAGCGCGGAGCCCCGCCCCCCGGCGCCGGCCCCGCCCCCGCCCGGAAGCCUCCCGCCCGCGCAGGCGCCCUGGGCCCACAGCCCCGGCGGCCGGGGCCCCAGCCGCCGAGGGGCCAUGGAGCCGUCGCCGCCGCCGCUCUGCACGCUGCCGCCGGGCCCCGGGGCCGCGCGCUUCGUGUGCUACUGCGAGGGGGAGGGGCGUGCGGCCGGGGGACGCGGUGGCUUCAACCUCUAAAAGCUCGUUUUGGCCUGAGUGCGGCUGAAGACAUCACCCCCCUGUUCAGGGCAGCCUGUGAGCGGCAAGCUGUGACUCUCACCCUGCAGGAGGACAGAGCAUCCCUGACCCUUUCAGGGGGGCCCUCGGCGCUGGAAUUUGGCCUCUCCAAGGUGCCAGGCCCGGAGGCAGCCUCCAGGUUGCAGGCACUAACGCUGGGCCUGGCAGAGCGCGUGUGCAGCUUGGAACGGCAGCUGGCAGCUGCUGUGGAGCAGACAGCUGCCAGCCCCAGGAAGAGCUCCCGGCAGGUGGGGCCUCAGCUCUUCUUACCAGACCUGGAUCCUCAGAGAGGUGGCCCUGGACCUGGGGUCAAGAGGCGGUGUCCUGGAGAGUCUCUCAUCAACCCUGGCUUCAAGAGGUGCCCACCCACUCCCCCUCCCUCCUGUACCCAGGGUCCAGCCCUGGACCCCACCCAUUGCUCCACAUCCUCAAAGUGUCAUCCCCUCUUCUCUCCUAGUAAGAAGCCAGCUGGUGGUGUAGACUUUGAUGACCCCUGAAGGUGCAGCAAAAAGUGUGGCUGUCAGGAGUCCGCCUGCGAGGGGAGGGGCAGCCCCUGGGACCCUUCCACCGGCCCGUGUCCAUCCUGCUGCCUGGCAGGAGCAAGCCUGCUCCACCAGCCCCUUCCCCGUCAAAUAAACAUCUUCAUCUGG